AUGGUUGCACUUCAUUAUUUUCUUGGUGUGGAGGUACUUUCAACCAACACAAGCCUGUUUCUCACUCAACAUAAGUACAUUCGUGAUCUUCUUGACCGAACCAACAUGUCUGGACCAAAAGAAACUCACACUCCCAUGGCCACAUCUCAGUCUCUCUGUCUUGCUUAUGGUUCCCCUUCAAUUGAUGUCUCCUUUACAAUUAACAAAUUGGCUCAAUUCAUGCACUACCCCUCUGAAACACACUGGGCUGUCGCCAAACGUCUCCUCUGCUAUCUCAAAAAUACACUGCGUCAUGGCCUUCUUCUUCGCCGCAAUCAACCACUAAAUCUUCAUGCCUUCUCUAAUUCUGAUUGGGCAGGCAAUCGAGAUUAUCGCACUUCCACCACUGCUUACAUUGUCUAUCUUGGCAACAAUACCAUCUCUUGGUGUUCCCAAAAACAAAAGACGAUUGAUCGCUCCUCCACUGAGUCUGAGUAUCGAGCCAUUGCCUCUACAACUGCUGAACUCACCUCGAUAUCCUCUCUGCUCACUGAACUUGGCAUCACCAUGUCUCAGCCUGACUUUAUAUUGUGA